UUAGGAAACAGAAACCAAAUAAAUUAUGUUCUUCAGAUUCUGGUGGCUUUUGUGGAUACUUGAACAUGAAUUUUUAGCAGAAAAUCUCAGUGAAGAAAAAAGAUAUGGACUGAGAAGACCCACAAUUAAACACAUUCUGUCAAAUACUGUAGAAAAAUAUCCUAGCCCAAAUGAUCAAGAUGAAGACUGCAUUCUGGAGAUUGCUUUUUUACUGGACAGCUCCGAAAGUGCUAAGCAUUAUAAUCAUGAACAGCAAAAAAAAUUUGUUUUGGAAGUGGUAGACCAAAUGAAAGGUCUGCAGCUUAGUUCUGGACGGACCCUUAGCUGGAGGAUGGCCUUACUUCAGUACAGCAGCACUGUUUCCACAGAGCAAACUUUUCAUGACUGGAAAGGUCCUGAAGCAUUCAAAUCCCACAUUGCUCCUAUCACCUACAUAGGUCAUGGUACCUACACAACUUAUGCUAUUACUAAUCUUACACAACUCUACAUGACUGAAGGGACUCCAGAUAGUUUGAAACUAGCUGUACUCUUCACUGAUGGAGUUGACCAUCCAAGAAACCCAGAUAUUUUUGCAGCUACAGCUGAUGCUAAAAACCAAGGAAUUGUGUUGUUCACAAUGGGAAUGACCAGAGUGGCCGAAGAGGUUAGCAAUGCUGCUAAGCUCCGGCUCCUGGCCAGUGUCCCAGCAUCCAGAUUUGUUUCCAACCUCCAGGAGAAAGGAACUGUGGAGAAGGUUCUCACAGAAAUGAAAGAUUUGUCCGAGGAACAAUGCUCCCAGACUACCAUAUGCAAAUGUGAGAAGGGGGAGAGAGGUCUUCCUGGCCCUACUGGCAAAAAGGGUCGCACUGGGGAUGAUGGAACUCCGGGCCUAAAAGGAGCAAAGGGGGAACCAGGCCUUAGUGGAAUUCCAGGACGAGAUGGAAUAGAGGGAAAAUCUGGUUACAAAGGAGAAAAGGGUGAAAGAGGUGAAUGUGGAAUCCCGGGGAUAAAAGGAGACAGAGGUCCUGAAGGUCCAGUUGGCCCCAAAGGUGCAAGAGGACUGCAGGGUCCACAAGGACAAUCUGGAGAUCAGGGGCCUGAAGGCCUACCAGGAUCAAAGGGUGAAAGAGGUCUCCCCGGACCACCUGGCUUGCCUGGAGAGACUGGAAUAGGACUGCCAGGCCCAAAGGGGGACACUGGUUUGACAGGAAGACCAGGCCCAGUUGGCCCACCUGGAGUUGGUGAGCCAGGAGUUCUGGGGCCUCAAGGACCACAAGGUGUACAAGGAGAACGAGGUUUACCAGGAGAAGGGCUUCCAGGAGCAAAGGGAGACCGUGGUUUUGAUGGACCAAAAGGCCCUCGUGGACUUCCAGGCAUCAGCAUAAAAGGUGAAAAGGGUGAAUUUGGUCCACCUGGUUUACCUGGGCCAAUAGGAUUACCUGGAAUUGGAAUUCAAGGAGAGAAGGGAGUGGAAGGCCCCAAAGGACCUCCGGGCUCUAGAGGGUUACCAGGACAGGGACUACCUGGACCAAAGGGUGAACAAGGCUUGCCAGGAGAGACUGGAGUGCCAGGAGAAAGAGGUAUUGGAGAGCCUGGUUCUAAGGGUGAGCCAGGCCUUUCAGGACUGGCAGGUCUGCCUGGCCUUCCAGGAGAAGAUGGAGCCCCUGGACAAAAGGGUGAACCAGGACUACCUGGUCUAAGAGGUCCUGAAGGUGCUCCAGGCAUUGGAAUACAGGGGGAGAAGGGAGAUCAAGGUCAGAGAGGAAUACGUGGAUUAACAGGACCAACAGGAGCGCCUGGGCCUGCAGGAGCUAAAGGAGAGCCUGGUGUACCAGGACGUCUUGGAAUGCCAGGCCCUCCUGGAAGAGCUGUGCCUGGACCAAAGGGUGACAUUGGCCUACCUGGUCUUGCUGGACCAAUUGGAGAACCAGGUUUUGGGCUCCCUGGAGCAAAGGGUGACCGAGGCCUUCCAGGACUCCCUGGGCCCUAUGGGGCGAAAGGAGAUGGUUACCCCGGUCCACCUGGCUUGCCAGGCCUUCCUGGGCUUCCUGGUGAGCAAGGCCCUGAGGGAGUUGGAUUACCGGGACCUAAGGGUGCUCCUGGUAGUAGAGGACCAGUCGGUCUUCCAGGUCCCCCAGGAGAAGGUCUGCCAGGACCAAAAGGAGCUGCAGGACGCCCAGGGCUGCCUGGCCCUUUGGGACCUCCUGGUGAAGGCAUUCAAGGAAUUAAGGGGGAACCAGGAAUUCAAGGAAUGCCAGGACCACGAGGCCCCCCUGGAGAAGGGCUUUUGGGACUGAAGGGAGAUCGAGGAGCAACAGGUGAAGGGAAAAAAGGAGAAAAGGGAAAUGUGGGUGAUCCUGGUUUAUCUGGAGAACCUGGCAAAACUGGACCAAAGGGAGAGCAAGGCCUAACAAGAGAAGAUAUAAUUAAACUAAUUAAGGAGAUAUGUGGUUGUGGUAUUAAAUGUAAGGAAAUUCCUAUGGAGCUUGUAUUUGUGAUUGACAGCUCUGAGAGCGUGGGACCAGAGAAUUUUGAGAUUAUCAAAGACUUUGUAACUGCAUUAGUAGACAGAGUAACUGUAGGCAGAAAUGCUACCAGAAUUGGCCUUGUACUGUACAGUCUAGAAGUUCAGCUAGAAUUUGGUCUCAACAAGCAUACAACCCAACAAGAUGUUAAACGAGCAAUUAGAAAAAUGCAGUACAUGGGAGAAGGCACCUACACAGGAACUGCUAUCCGUAAAGCAACCCAGGAAGGGUUUUUAGGUGCUCGAACAGGAGUGCGGAAGGUAGCUGUUGUGCUCACUGACGGCCAAGCGGACAAGAGAGAAGCGGUGAAACUGGAUGUUGUCGUUCGAGAGGCUCAUGCAGCAAACAUCGAAAUGUAUGCAAUAGGAAUUGUAAAUACUUCCGAUCCAACGCAGGCUGAGUUUGUGCAUGAACUCAAUCUGAUCGCUUCAGAUCCGGACAGAGAGCAUAUGUAUCUCAUCGAUGACUUUAAUACUCUCCCAGCUCUGGAGUCCAAAUUAGUCAACCAAUUUUGUGAAGAUGAGCAUGGUACCUUCAUUUACAAGCGUAAUGGAAAUGUUGCAAGCAUAAAUGGACCAUCUUUCCAUUCAGUAUCUUCAAGUCCUUCAUAUCACGUGCUUCAGAACAACAGUAUUAAUGGGCAAGUACUGUCAGCACAGACACCUGGGGUAUCUACAAUAGAAAGUCCUCUGGAUCUUGGUGAUCUUCCUCAGCCAUUGGUUCUGACUGAUGUACCUACUGUGGUAGUUAAGGAAGCUUAUGAAGAUGAUCUAGAGAAGGAAGAACAAUCACCGUUGGUAACAGUGGACACUAGAGCUGUGACAUCAUUGCCACCAUCAUCUUCAGACAAAGUGCUUUCAACUGCAAAGCUCACACCAAAGCUAGGAAGUGUUCUGGACCUCCGAUGCAAGUUAAGGCUGGAUCAAGGGCCAUGCCGUUUUUAUAUCAUAAAAUGGUAUUAUGAUCAACAAGCCAAUGCAUGUGCUCAGUUUUGGUAUGGUGGCUGUGAUGGAAAUGCAAAUCGUUUUGAGAGUGAAGAGGAAUGUAGAGAGGCUUGUGUAUUUUCUUCUGGAGAAACCUGACAAGUUGGCAUGGAUUCUGCAAUGAAGUCUUCAUUUUCUUUAAGGAAAAGUGUUCCCACAAAUCCUACUUUAAUUUCAAGCACAGAAUAUCAACUUCUGAAUUACAUGCAACUGCUAUUCAGGGGUUACUGGAUAAAAACAGAGAAUGCAACAGCUUGUUCCCUACGUGCUAUCCAGGUUACAAGACAAGGAGGUAGCUGAGCUACCCAGCUCUCCCAACCCCAUCUGUGUUAGAUGCAGACCUUUUAUCUAGCAGCUCUCCUCAGUUUCCAGUAACUAUCAAGGUACAUGACAAAUGAAAUUAAACACUUCCACAAAUUUGUAUAAGUGACUACACCAGUAGCUGACAUCAACAAGUUAGGUUAGUUCAUGCCUAAAAUGGUUCUUGUCAUAUGUUUCUAUUCUAAAAGCCCUGACUUUUAAAUGCAAUUUAUUAUUUUACUGUUCCUUACAAACCCUUUAACUUAUCUUCAGAACAUCAAACUAAGCAGAGUGUAUUCUUUGUUGCCUGUCACUGCCCUAUGGCUUUUCAUGUUUGUGCUCACAUUUAUUUGAUACGUCUCUUAUUACUUGAAUUAUAUACUUAAAAGCUUGUUUCUAAUAAACUGUUUUUGUUUUUACUGCUUGAAUAGAGAGUGGGUAAGCAGAAGCCUUACAGAACUGAAAACUGCUCUCACUACUGAGUUACAGCUAGGUGUGUUCCUGAUUAUACAGCUGGAUUUCUGCCAUAGUCCUGUUAAGGAACUGCCAUGGAUUAGGCACUCCUGCAUAUGAAGCCAGAAUGUUUUUUUUUCUUUUCCCGAGCAAACAGAAAUUGGAAAAUUGAAUUAGGCCUCAAGAAUGACAUCUAGUUGUUGAAUAACUUCCAUAAAAAUUUUAAGGCACAUCCAAGAAAUGGCUAAAUUUCCAACUCCCUGCUCAAGUAGGGCCUCCUAAAGCACAUCACCCAGGACUGAGUCUGGAUGGCUUUUGACUCCACAACCUCUCUGAGCAACCUGAGCCAGCACUCACAAGAAAGAAGUUUUUCCCCGUGUUCAUAUGGUUAAACAUUAUUUACACAAUUUGCGCCCAUAGCAUCUCAUCUGGCACCACUGCCCCAUUCUCUCAAUGCUGUCCCUUCCCAAACACACACACACAGAUCAAAUUUCCCCCCUGGGCCUUCUCUUCUGCAGGCUGAGCACGCCUGGCUCUCCCACUUUCCCCACAGAAGAGGUGCUCAGGCCCCUUUAUCAUUUUGGGAGCCCUCUGCUGACUGUGCUCCAGGAGCUCCGGGUCUCCUUCACAUGCAGGAGCACAAGACCUGCCCCAAGUCUUUCUCCACAGAGCUGCCGUUCGGCAGGCCAGCCCUGAUGCACGGCGUGGUUUUGGAAAAAGUUUAUUUAUUUGGGAGGAGGAGGAGCGAAUGGUAAGAUACUACAACUAAAGUACAUUCAUCUGGAUACGCUUUUUGAGAUAUUCUAAAUUAGAAGUACAUUUUACAUCUACCAGCUUCACAGGGUUCUUUUUGUUUGAUCUAAUGUUCAUCCACAGCGUGAC